AUGUCAUCUUCACACGCUGACUCCUCGACGAACGCGUCGAGCACAUUGUCAUCCUCUCACGAACCUCAGGAAGCCACCAGAGCCUGCGGUCGCACCCAGGCAAGGGAGACUGAUGUUGAGAACGUCGCUGCAAGUGUUGCCAGGGAUGGACGAGACACGUUGUCAACUGGAGUUGCGACUGUGGAACAUGCUAGGGCCCGAUGCCCAUGCACCCAGACACGAACCCAGAAAACCGUCCUCGGCCAAAUUGUGCUUCUGUUCCUUUGUGUCCAGAUCGUAGCUGCCGGAGGCCUCGCCCUUCUCGCUCAAUUCGGAUCCCGUUACGUCUCAGCCUGGUUAUUCAAACAUUCGACGACGGGCUUCUACAUCUUCUUCUUCACUCAGGCUGUCGGCAUGCAGAUUUACUACCAUGUCAUGCCGCUUUCAACUGCCGAAGGGUCCUGGACACGCUUUCCGGAGAAAUGUGUGGUUUUCAGCGUCAAAACACUCAUUGUUGUCGUCGUAAUUGUGCAGAUGGUACACGUUUACUGUUCAAUCGCCGAGCACAGGAAACUCCACAUGGGUGUUUAA